AUGAACGAGGCCUCUCUGUGUGCGCCGCCUUGCUUCACAGCAGCUCGCGGAGGAAGCAUUCGUUUCCUCCAGGGGCCCUGCUACAGAGCACACUUCCGGAACAUUCUUAAGCGUUCAAGUCAAACCUCAGUCUUCUGGCAAGUCUGUCUCAGGAGUGGAAAGAUGAGUUUAAGUCAUGACAAGCAGAAAACUGACUUUGAAGUAUUUCUCACUUACAUCUCCUCCUUGUCCUUAUUUGUCUUUUUUGAAGUGGAAAGUAAAAAGGAAGCCACAACUAUUAGUGUGACUAUUCAGGAGAGCUUGGAGACAGAAGGUCUUGCAGGGGAGAGACAGUGCAGUCGGGCAGAGCAGAAAAUGAUGAGCCUUCCAGCCUGCGGACACGGGCUCGCUUACACAGACUCACUUUCCAUCCUACCCAGACCCCUGCAAGGAUCUGCAACAACAUGA